CCUCUCAGUGUUGGCUAGAGCUGUACAGGUGCCCAAGGCUUUAAUCCUAACAGCACGCACAAAAGAGCUCUUUGCCAUGUCCGACUACAUUUGGUUUGAAGGAAUACCUUUCCCUACCAUAGGGUUUAAAAGAGAAAUCAUAGAAGAGGUUCGCAAUAACUUUCUGAUAAGAGAAGAAGACACGGUCAUACUGACAUACCCCAAGUCAGGAACAAACUGGCUGAUUGAGAUUGUCUGCUUGAUUCAGACCAAGGGGGAUAACAAGUGGAUCCAAUCUGUGCCCAUCUGGGACCGUUCACCAUGGGUAGAGACUAAAGUAGGAUAUGAAGCAUUAAUCAAUAAGGAGGGACCACGACUCAUCACCUCCCACCUACCCAUCCAUCUUUUCCCCAAGUCUGUCUUCAGUUCCAAGCCCAAGAUGAUCUAUCUCAUCAGAAAUCCCAGAGAUGCACUUCUAUCUAGUUAUUUUUUCUUCAGCGAAACAAACCUUGUGAAGAACCCAGGCUCUCUGGGAACUUAUAUCAAAUGGUUCCUCAAAGGAAACGUUGUGUAUGGAUCAUGGUUUGAGCACAUCCGUGGCUGGCUGUCCAUUAGAGAACUGGACAAUUUCCUGUUACUGAGCUAUGAAGACCUGAAAAGGGAUCCAAGGGGAACUAUAGAGAAGAUCUGUGACUUCCUAGGAAAGAAAUUAGAGCCAGAUGAGCUGGAUCUGGUUCUCAAGCACAGCUCCUUCCAAGCCAUGAAGGAAAACAACAUGUCCAAUUUUAGUCUUAUCACAGAAGACACGGUUACUAAUGGUUUGAAGCUCAUGAGAAAAGGCUCCUGGCCUCUCUGUUUUCUGAAUCAUCUCUCCUGGAAUAAGAAGUUCCAUACUAUCUCUGUCUGUGCGAUCUCUUUGCUGGAAGCAGAUUGCACAACUGGGGACUGGAAGAAUCACUUCACAGUAGCCCAAGCUGAAGCCUUUGAGAAAGUGUACCAGGAGAAAAUGGCUGGUUUCCCGCCCGGACUCUUCCCCUGGGAAUAAGUUCUCACAACUUUUAAAUCUUGUGUGGAUCCCGCUGUUUACUUUCCUGUUGGUAAUGUGGAUGGCUGGGUAGAGUCAUGAAAUAAAUCCUCUUCAAGGACUGUGAAA